GAGAGGACAGCAGGAGUUCCAUCUACAAGCAGAGACUGCCUCCAGGCCGGCGAGGCCUGCAAGAAUAACCCGGGCUGCAGCUUCAAUUUACGGACACUGCGUCAGUGCAUAGCAGGGAACGGAGCCAACAAACUGGCACCCAACGCCAAGAGCCAGUGCAAACGCACCGUGGACGCUCUCCACUCCAGCCAGCUGCAUGGCUGCAAGUGCAAACGAGGGAUGAAAAAGGAGAAGAACUGCCUGAACAUAUACUGGAGCAUCCACCACACGUUGAUGGAAGGUGUCAGUGUCUUAGAGAGCUCGCCUUAUGAGUCAUUUGUGAGGGGGUUUGACUACGUCAGGCUGGCGUCCAUAACAGCAGGUUCUGAAAAUGAAGUUACACAAGUAAACCGGUGUUUGGAUGCCGCCAAAGCCUGUAACGUUGAUGCCACGUGCCAAAAGCUACGGACGGAGUAUGUUGGACUGUGUAUACGCACCACAGCAAGGAAUGAUGCUUGCAAUCGCUCCAAGUGCCACAAGGCCUUGAGGAAGUUCUUUGACCGGGUUCCUCCAGAGUACACCAAUGAACUGCUCUUCUGUCCAUGCGAAGACACUGCUUGUGCCGAACGUAGAAGACAAACCAUUGUUCCGGCAUGUUCCUAUGAGUCGAAAGAGAAGCCAAAUUGUCUGACCCCGUUGGAUGCCUGCAAGGGUGACUACAUCUGCAGGUCCCGGCUAGCAGCGUUCCAGUUAGAUUGCCAGCCUUCACCGCACUCUGUGACUGGGUGUGCGCAGGAAAAUUAUGCUGCUUGCCUGAUGGCUUACACAGGAAUUAUAGGCAGUCCUAUUACUCCAAAUUACGUGGACAACUCAUCCUCAAGUGUGGCCCCUUGGUGCACCUGUAACACGAGUGGAAACCGACAGGAGGAGUGUGAGAACUUUCUGCACUAUUUCACCAACAACAUCUGCCUCCAAAAUGCUAUACAUGCUUUUGGCAAUGGGACCAAUUUAAAUCCAGCGGUGAAUCCAUCAGUACCCCCUACAACUCCACUACACAAAGAGGAGAAGUACAGUAAUGCUUCUGUUCCUGCAGUCAAAGAGAGUUUCACUGUCCGAGUACAGCCAACCAAGGUAAUUUGGAGGAAGAAAACUAUACAGAGAAAAAAUGUAAAUGAAAAAAUAUAA